AUGCCGUACAGCGGAUCCAUACUAACAAUGAAUCGGAAUUAUCCGAAAGCGAUGAACGACACUCCGAAAUGGACGUCCAUCAAAAACACUAAUUUAUUGAAAAAACCAAAUUAUACUACUCGGUCUGGAAGAAUGGUAGAAGUGAUUUACGGCCGCAACAAAUGCAGAUUUUUUGAUAAAAAAAUUACUUUAGCGUGCACCUUCUUUGUGGCUAAUAAAAAGCAUAAUAGACGUCCAAUUAGAAACAAAUCAGUAGUUGAAAAUAAAACCUCUAGUGAUAACUUCUACUCGGAUAAACAUGCAUUAUGUACUACAGCUAUUGGAGAUGAUGAACAAAUUAAUUAUGCUACGGGAUUGGACGAUAACUUGAAAAAUAUUAAUUCGGUUCUUGAGGAUCUAGGUUUUUUGUCUACUUUUGAUGAUGCGUAUACUCGUACAGUUUAUCCAUUAAAGAUAAAAUGUUUUAAUAUUAAUAAACAGUUUAAUAUUGGAUAUGGUUCAAAUUCUUAUACUUCGACAAAACUAGAAAAUGGAUAUAAUCAAAACGGAAAAUAUCAAAAGCCAGUUAUCUAUCAAAAAUUCCCAGAAAACUACAACCAAUAUUAUAAUUCAACAGGUAAUCCAGAUGCAUAUAAUCAAAAACCAAUACUCAAUCAAAAAUUCCCGGAAAAGCAUUAUUACAACAACAAUUAUAUUCAUUAUCAAAAGUCAAUUACUCAGAACAACACUAACUCACAACAAUUAAUCUAUACAAAAAAACCGAAUUACUAUCAACAAAAACCAAUCCCUCAAAAAUAUUGGGAAAUGAGAUACAUGCUGUUUUCAAACUUCGAUCAAGGCAUUAUACUGGAUGAAGAGAGCUUUUAUUCGGUUUGUCCCGAGAUCUUAAGCUACCACAUUGCAAAACGUUGUACAAAUAACAUAGUUGUAGAUCCCUUUUGUGGAGCAGGUGGUAAUGUCAUUCAAUUAGCCAAAACGUGUAAAAAAGUUAUAGCGAUUGACAUCGACCCGGAGAAGAUCAAGUUGGCACGGCAUAAUGCUAAGAUAUGCGGUGUUGAGGACAAAAUCCAGUUUAUGGUCGGCGACUUUUUUUCGAUUUAUCGGACCAUAAAAGCAGAUGUAUUGUUUAUGUCUCCACCGUGGGGAGGCCCCGGAUAUGCAGUCAAUAAGAUUUAUAGUUUAAAGUCGAUGUGUCAAAGUCAUUUUGGAGGAGGUUUCGAUAUUUUUCGACUUGCCAAAACUAUUGCACCAAAUAUCGCAUUCCACAUUCCAAGAAAUACCGACAUAUCAGAAUGUUUACGUUUGGCACAAGAUUUCGGGAAAGUUGAAAUUCAACAAAAUAUUAUUAAUGGUAAAUUGAACUCGAUCACGGCGUUUUACGGAAACUUUAAUUGGAGUAACUGA